ACCCUUAAGACCUAUGUAACGACCCACUGGGCUGCUCGCGACGACGAGACUUUCCAGGGCCCUGAACCUUCUCCUGAGGUACUUUUAUUGAUAAUACGAUGAAGAGAUGCAAAAACGCCAUUCGUGAAAUUAUUGUCCAUGGUCUCGGAGAUCAUGAGUCCAAGAUUCGCGUCGUUUCGGCCUAUGUUGUCUCCAAAAUUGCACACGAUGACUUUCCCGAAGACUGGCCGAACUUGUUUGAUGUGUUGCUGAGCUACCUCAAAUCAAACAGCGUGGAUGGUGUCCAUGGCGCUAUGCGUGUGCUGCUCGAAAUGGUCCAGAGAGAUAUCAGCAUUCAGCAGUUGCCUCAGGUCGGCCCUGUCCUGAUCCCCGAGCUUUAUACUAUUUUGACCUCAGAUAAUGUGUACUCGUUCCGUACCCGUGGUCGUGCAGUUAGCAUUUUCAAUAGCUGUGUCCAGAUGUUGGAUACGCUUCGUGACGAUAACCCGGCUGCUGCUGACCAGUUUAUCGCUCCCAUCCUUCCUCAAUGGAUGCAAGCUUUCCAUACCAUUCUUGCACAUCACGUUCAAGACGAUGCCAAGAAGGCUACUGAAGAAUAUGGCUUGAAGAUGGAAGUAGUUAGAUGUAUUCGCACUGUGAGCGGCGAGUACUCAAAAUAUGUCAGAGAUAUCCUGCCUCAAUUGAUGGAACCUAUCUGGGGCGAGCUCUACAACUUGCGUGAUAGAUACAUUGCCGAAUUCGUAUCUGAUUCAGAUGAUGUGGCCGAAUCAUUCCAGGACUCAGACGGUAACGAGAUCGGUUUCCAAAGCUUGCUCUAUGCUCUCUUUGAGUUCAUGGAAUCUGCGUGCUCCAAGAAGUCGCUUAAACACUUGUUCGUUACAAACAACACCCCCACUUCUUUAUUUGAAGAAGUUAUCUACGUUCUGAUUGUAUACAUGCAAAUCACUCAAGAUCAGAUGGAAACAUGGUCUUCGGAUGCCAAUCAAUAUGUUGCGGAUGAGGAGGAUGGCACAUUCACCUAUAGUGCUCGUGUCGCGUCGUGGGAUGUGCUUACGCCAUUGCAAGAAGCAUUUCCCGAUCCAUUUGCUGCUGCUCUUCAAACAGCUGUCCAGCGUCAUAUUAGUGAAUCCAACGCUGCUCGUGCUCAAGGCAACAACUCAUGGUGGAAAAUACAAGAAGCCUGUUUGUUGGCCAUUGGUCGCUCAGCUGAAGAACUGGUUUUGAGUUUGAAGGACGAAUCUCGGUCUGUCCAAUUCGAUCUCAAGAGUCUCUUUGAUCAUAUCGUGCUGGAAAGCAUGAACCAGACCGCUUUCCCAUUUUUACAAGGUAGAGCCUUCGUCUUUGCAUCCGAAUUUGCCAAGGUUCUCCCUACUGAAAUGGCAGGUCAGUAUGUGAUGGCUGCCGUCACUGCGUUGCAAUCGCCUGCUAGUAGCAUCCCUGUCAAGAUCUCGGCUCUCAAAGCAUUGAACAACUACUGCAAGGACUUGGAUCCUCAAUACUCGGCUCCAUACCAAGUGAACAUUCUGGAAGGCGCAUGCCAGUUGUUGCCUGACGCUUCUGAAGAGUCUCUUAUGCUCUUGUUGCAAUCGUUGUGCUCUGCUGUCAAGAUUAACGAAGAAGUUGCCGCCAAGUACGAAUAUGUGCUGACGCCUGCUGUUCUUGAGACAUGGAAGAAGUUCCCCACAGAUUCCAUCAUUACAAGCUAUAUUCUGGAUCUGUUCGAGAGCUUUGCUGAGAAUCCAGCCUAUUUCCCCGCUCUUUGUGCUCGCUCGUUCCCCUUCUUUGAACAAGUUUUCAAGACUCCUGGCAACGUACCUCCUGUCCUUGCUUCAGUCGUUGACUUAUUGACAGCUUUGGUCCGAUUCGGUCCUUCACCUCUUCCGAACGAAUUCACGGACCAAAUGUUCCCUAUUGUGAUGCAGCUUGGCUGGAAUGCUGAAGACGAGGAUGUCUUGCAGAGCGUCCAAGAGUGCUUGAAGCAAUACAUCAUCAAGGACUGUGACCAUAUUAUCCAAUGGAAUGACGGCUCUGGAAAGUCGGGUCUUGACUAUGUGAUCCAUUUCGUUGCUCGUUUGUUGGAGCCCAAAAACUCUGCAUCUGAAGCUCUCUUUGUAGGCGAUUUGAUUGUCAACCUGAUCAGGAAGGCCGGCAAUAACAUUGCUAGUGUCCUUCCCGAGCUUUUGAAUGCCGUGUUGAUCCGUCUCCAAAACACCGAUUAUCAACCAUUCGUUCAGUCUUUGGUGCUAGUGUUCGCCCAUUUACUUAUUCAGCAGCAGGAUACCGUCUUCCAAUUCCUUUGUGCUACAAACAUUGAGGGUCGUAGUGGUCUGGAGAUCCUGUUGCCCAUGUGGUGUGAUUAUUUUGGCUCGUUCUCAGGAUACUACUCCCUUAAAGUCAGCGCAAUUGCACUUUCCAAGCUGUUUUUGAUCAACGACCCUCGACUUCAGAACUUGACCGUUCGUGGCGAUAUCGUUGCUAACCCUGAAGGUGGUAUUGUGACCCGAUCCAAAGCCAAGCGCAAUCCCGAGCAAUACACUGCCAUUCCUGUACAUGCCAAGAUUAUCCGCCUGUUGGUUGAUGAUUUGCAGAACAACAUGACUACAGACCAAAGUGGCCAGGCUGAAGAAGUGGAGUCCGUGGGUGAUGAUGAUUGGGAGGAUGAGCCUUCUACUGAUCUUGCCGAUAUCCAGUAUCUAUCAGAUAUGCUUGCUGAGCUGGAUGACGACUAUGAAGAGAACAACCCGGAAUUGAAGGACGAUCCUAUUUAUCAAACGGAUAUGAAGGGCUAUCUCUUGGACUUUUUCCGUAAUUGCUCAGCUCACAACACGAAUCAUUUUGUGGAGAUCUGCCAGCAUCAUUUGGACGACCUUCAGAAGGAAACAUUGAACUUUGCUUUGAAGAACUAAGUUCGGUGAAUGCCCCGAAAAACCAAAAAUUACUACUCUUAUUUUCUAUCUUUUCUCCUUUAUCACGCGUACCUGCUUUCUAUAUUAUCUUGUUGUUCUAUAUGAGGGAGCGAAAGAUUCUUUUACUUACAAAGAAACAAUCUUUCCCAACAUCCCCUCCACCUUCACACGCACAAUUUCUCCACCCCCGUUUCCUCAUCGGGAAUCACUUAACACAGCACACUUGGUAGAUAUGUAUAUCCAAAUGAAAAUAACCUA